CCGGCGCGGCGGGUGAGGUCAGAGGCGCGCGCCGCUCCCGCCGGCCCCGCCGAGGCUCCGCAGCCGCCGCAGGGAGCCGCUCCGAGCAGCGCCCGCCGGGCCCCGCCAGGCUCCGCGCAGCUCCCCGCCGCCGCCAUGGAGCUGGCGGACGGCGUGGUGUACCAGGAGGACCCCGGCGGACCCGGCCCCGCCAUGAUGUCGGAGCGGGUGUCGGGGCUGGCGGGCUCCAUCUACCGCGAGUUCGAGCGGCUCAUCGGGCGCUACGACGAGGAGGUGGUGGCCGAGCUGAUGCCGCUGGUGGUGGCCGUGUUGGAGAACCUGGACUCGGUGUGCGCGCACAGCCAGGAGACCAGCGUGGAGCUGGAGCUGCUGCGGGACGACAACGAGCAGCUGCUCACGCAGUACGAGCGGGAGAAGGCGCUGCGCAAACAGGCCGAGGAGAAAUUCAUUGAGUUUGAAGAUUCUCAAGAACAAGAGAAAAAGGACUUGCAGACCAGAGUGGAAGCAUUAGAGUCACAAACUCGACAACUUGAACUAAAAGCAAAAAACUAUGCUGAUCAAAUUAGCAGACUUGAGGAGCGGGAGGCAGAACUCAAGAAGGAAUACAAUGCACUUCAUUCAAGACAUACAGAGAUGAUACACAAUUAUAUGGAGCACUUGGAAAGAACCAAACUUCAUCAGCUAACAGGGGGUGAUCAGCUAGAAUCCACAACACACAGUAGAAUUAGGAAGGAGCGUCCAAUAUCCCUGGGCAUCUUCCCAUUACCUGCAGGAGAUGCUCUCCUCACGCCUGAGGCUCAGAGGGAGGCGGCAGAAACACCGGCAGCAGAGCACUGGAAAUUCCAUGAGCUGAGCCAGCCACGGUCCCACACCAGCCUCAAGGAUGAGCUCUCUGAUGUUAGCCAAGGAGGAUCCAAAUGUACUACUCCAGCAUCCACAGCUGCUUCAGAUGAUCCUGUGCUGCCUGCUGAAACCCCUCAAAAGGAAAAUGUUGAAGGGCUUGCAAAGGACAGAGAGAUGUCAAAUGAGAAACUGGAUGUAAGCAAGAAUAUUGAAAUACAGGCAGCUCAAGAGACAAGAAAUGUGUGCACUGGGGGAAAUGAAAAUGAAGAAAAAUCUGAAGUUCAGGCAAUCAUUGACUCAACUCCAGAGUUGGAUAUGGAUAAAGACAUCAGUGGAUAUAAGGGUUCCAGCACUCCCACCAAAGGCAUCAAGAACAAAGCAUUUGACCGUAACACAGAGUCACUCUUUGAAGAGCUGUCAUCUGCUGGUUCUGGCCUAAUUGGAGAUGUGGAUGAAGGUGCAGAUUUACUGGGAAUGGGGCGUGAGGUUGAAAACCUUAUUUUGGAAAACACUCAGCUGCUGGAGACAAAAAAUGCACUGAAUGUAGUGAAGAAUGAUUUAAUAGCAAAGGUGGAUGAACUGACCUGUGAGAAGGAUGUACUACAAGGUGAAUUAGAGGCUGUAAAACAAGCAAAACAGAAGCUUGAAGAGAAGAAUAAAGAAUUGGAAGAAGAGCUGAGAAAAGCUCGUGCAGAAGCAGAGGAAGCAAGACAGAAGGCUAAAGAGGAUGAUGAUAGCGAUGUCCCCACGGCGCAGCGGAAACGCUUCACACGUGUGGAAAUGGCCCGAGUGCUGAUGGAGAGGAACCAGUACAAGGAGAGGCUGAUGGAGCUGCAGGAGGCUGUCCGAUGGACUGAGAUGAUAAGAGCAUCCAGAGAAAAUCCAGCCAUGCAAGAGAAGAAAAGAUCAAGCAUUUGGCAAUUUUUUAGCAGGCUGUUCAGUUCAUCCAGCAAUACAGCAAAGAAACCAGAACCUCCUGUCAAUGUUAAGUAUAAUGCUCCAACCUCUCACAUUACUCCAUCUGUCAAGAAAAGAAGCAGCACCUUAUCUCAAUUACCCAGUGACAAAUCUAAAGCCUUUGAAUUCCUCAGUGAAGAAACUGAAGCCAGUUUAGCCUCACGCCGGGAGCAGAAGAGAGAGCAGUACCGCCAGGUGAAAGCUCAUGUCCAGAAAGAGGAUGGCAGAGUGCAGGCUUUUGGCUGGAGUUUACCUCAGAAGUACAAACAGGUGGCAAAUGGUGGACAGGGUGAAAAUAAGAUGAAGAACUUGCCUGUACCUGUUUAUCUGAGACCUUUAGAUGAGAAGGAUACCUCUAUGAAGCUGUGGUGUGCUGUAGGGGUGAACCUGUCAGGAGGGAAGACACGAGAUGGAGGGUCUGUGGUUGGUGCCAGUGUGUUCUACAAUGAUGUGACUGGUGUGGAUGCAGAUGGCAACAAGCAGCAAACAGGAUCCCAGAGUAGCUUAGAUAAACUAGACCAAGAGCUCAAGGAUCAGCAGAAGGAACUGAAACAUCAGGAAGAAUUAUCCAGUCUGGUUUGGAUCUGUACUAGCACACAUUCUGCUACAAAAGUUAUCAUCAUUGAUGCAAAUCAACCAGGGAAUAUUCUGGACAGUUUCAUUGUUUGCAAUUCUCAUGUGCUUUGUAUUGCCAGUGUUCCAGGGGCAAGGGAAACAGAUUACCCUGCAGGAGAAGAAGGGUCCCAGGAAGCAGAUUCCAGCCAAGUGGACAAAUCCUCCCUGUGUGGCAGCAUGACCAGCAACAGCUCUGCUGAGACUGACAGUCUGCUGGGGGGCAUCACCGUGGUGGGCUGCACUGCUGAGGGUCUCACAGGGGCUUCUGGUGCCCACGACAUCAAUGGGGCCUCACCUGUGGCAGAGAAACAGUCAGAUAUUGCAACUGAAAAUAAUUCAGUAGAUGAGAACAUUCCAACGGCAGAGGAGGCAACAGAAGCAACAGAAGUCAAUGCAGGGACAGGAGAGGACACAGCUGAUAUUGCACAAACUGGAGUCUACACAGAGCAUGUCUUUACAGAUCCCUUGGGAGUGCAGCAUACAACAGAGGCAUCCCCUGUGUAUCAGCCUAAUACUGAAUCAGAGUUAUAUAAGGAUGUUGCAGUUCUGCCAAAUGAGCAAGAUCUAGUGAGAGAGGAAGCACAGAAAAUGAGUAGCCUUUUACCAACCAUGUGGCUUGGAGCACAGAAUGGAUGCCUGUAUGUUCAUUCGUCAGUGGCCCAGUGGAGGAAAUGUGUACAUGCCAUUAAACUUAAAGAUUCUAUUCUCAGUAUUGUACAUGUCAAAGGAAUAGUCUUGGUUGCACUGGCAGAUGGGACACUCGCGAUCUUUCACCGGGGAGUUGAUGGUCAGUGGGAUUUGACAAACUAUCACCUCUUGGACCUGGGCCGGCCACACCACUCGAUCCGGUGCAUGACAGUGGUACAUGACAAGGUCUGGUGUGGCUACAGGAACAAAAUCUAUGUUGUUCAACCAAAGGCCAUGAAAAUAGAGAAGUCCUUUGAUGCCCACCCAAGGAGGGAGAGCCAAGUGAGGCAGCUGGCAUGGGUGGGGGACGGGGUGUGGGUGUCCAUCCGCCUGGACUCCACCCUGCGCCUCUACCACGCCCACACCUACCAGCACCUGCAGGACGUGGACAUUGAGCCCUAUGUAAGCAAAAUGCUUGGUACUGGUAAACUGGGAUUCUCAUUUGUGAGAAUCACAGCACUUAUGGUGUCUUGUAAUCGUUUAUGGGUAGGAACAGGAAAUGGUGUCAUCAUCUCCAUUCCAUUAACAGAAACUGUAAUCCUCCACCAGGGACGUUUACUGGGGCUGCGGGCCAAUAAAUCAGCAGCAGGCUCUGGAAACCGUCCGGGGAGUGUGAUCCGUGUGUAUGGAGAUGAGCACAGUGACAAAGUGACUCCAGGGACAUUCAUCCCCUACUGUUCCAUGGCACACGCACAGCUCUGCUUCCAUGGCCACCGAGAUGCUGUGAAAUUCUUUGUUGCAGUACCAGGUCAGGUUGUUUCCCCUCAGAGUAGUGGUGGAACAGAUCUAACACCUGAUAAACAAGCCCAAGAGUCCUUCAACCAGAGUCCCUUAAAAUCAAUGUUGGUGAUAAGUGGUGGAGAAGGAUACAUUGACUUCAGAAUGGGUGAUGAAGGAGGAGAAUCUGAACUCCUGGGGGAAGCUCUACCACUUGAACCUUCUGUAGCCAAAGCUGAGAGGAGUCACUUGAUAGUGUGGCAAGUCAUGUGUGGCAGUGAGUGAGCCUGUAGGAUGCAGUUGGAGACUUUAAAAAUGGGGGGGGGGAAGCUUCUGCAUGUUUUUUUUAUUUUGUGAACCUGUUUCACUACAUGAUGUUGGAAGCAUUUCUUUGCUGUUUAUCUUUAUAUUGCAAAUCUGUCAUACCUUUAGCUAUACAGGAAUUAGCUUGUGCUGUUUUACUGCACCCGUGUUAAGUGGAACAGUGUGAGGAAAUCAGAUGUUUCUCCAGCUGGUGUGCACACCACAGUGAGCAGCUGGAACAGUUUUACUGUACCACAGCAAUCUCAUGUGUUCACUUCUUUGGUAGUCUCACUUGAGUUCAUUCAGCUUUGUUCCAGCUGAGCUUUAUUUCACUGUAUAAUGCAUAGGGUAAAACAGCAAAGUUAUUCCCAGAGUAUGAAAAAAAUGGACAAAUUAGAAGAUGGAUUAUUAAGACACAUCCAAAUACUCAGUGAGGGCUAAAGCAAGCUGUAUAUUUCAGCUUUUGAUUUCAAACCUGGAAAAUCUUGCUCAUAUAGCGUACACGGUUUAAUUUGUUACAUCCUUCAGAAUUUGUGGGGGGAAAGAGGAGACUGUAUAGGAAUUAAAAUGAAAAUAUUUAAAUAAAAUAAUAUUUUCACAAUUGAACCUUAAUGUUUGAGAACUGCUGCCCUCAGUAAUGAGCAAUUUUGAGCAUAAUGUUUUUCCAUCUCCCUGACAUGGAACAACUCUGUUUCCAAAGGGUAUUCUUAGGUUGAUAUAAAUUGGAAAAUAACUGUAAAAUUCUCAAUCAGGGGAUAUGUUUUGUUCUUUUCUUGUCUUAAUUCCUUAUGUCCUAAGCACUUAGAAUGAUCUUCUUUGCCUAGCUGGUCAAACUCAUAAGGCACUAUGUGUGUAAAGGUUGGAGACCUUAAUUGGAGCAUGAGAAAAGACUGAGAGUAUACAGGAAAAAACUCACAUUCUGCUCAAGUGAGAUCAUAAAGGAAGUGUAGUUCCAGAUAAUUAGGUACAAAAUAUAGUUUUUGUAGCUCCAUAUCCAAAUUUAGUAAAAAAAUACAUAAUUUAGCAACAAUAUUAUCAGGUAACACAGAGAAAAUUACUGAAAUUCAGGAGACUAAUAUUAGGCUGACAUUCUGUCUACUCACCAUCAAUCUUUUUUAUCCAUAAAUGUGAGUUUAAGACCAUCUUCCUUUUACAUUGAAAUUUCUGCAUUAGUAUCAGACCUAAGUUAAACUCUUCAUUACUUCUGUACUUCAGAAGAUUUAAAAACCCAGAUUUGCUCUUUAAUUUAGUCUCUGGAAAGUAAAAGUUUUGAGGGGUUUUAAUAAACAUCCAGCAUUUACCCCUAAAAGGCUGGAGCUGUUCAGAUUAGCAGAGAAAUUUAGUAACUCGAUUAUGUGAGAGAACUGAACAGUUUCAAAGGAAUAAAUAUAGAAACACUUUUUUAAAACUGCCUAAACAUUUUUAUGCAAUAGGAGCAGUUCUGGUCUAUCAGGCAAACAUGUGUUUAUAUAUUUUCUUAAUUUUUUAAAUGAACACAUUUAGCUGAGGUCUAUUGUGUAAAUAUAUAUUUAGGCAGCUUUUUCAAAUGCAUAUCAUAGCUGAUAAACCAGAAAAUCUCCAUUCAGGUCUAUUGGUUAGAUUUAUAUAUAUAAAUACUUUUUAAGCAACAUAUUUUGUACACAGCUGUUCCUCUCGUAAAUAUGUAUUUAGGACAUGAACUAUGUAGUAAAAAUCCUUAUUAAAGAUGUUUAAUAUCUUGGUAGUAUUUUUCUCUUCAGAAUGCCAAAAGCAAUGAGAGCAUGUUGUUCAUAAUUUGCUUUCCAUAUUCAUCUUGAAUGUCACUCUUAAAGUACUUUAGCUUAAAGUAUGGAAGCUUAUUAAAAAUUAUACAAAUACUAAUUAUACAAAAGUAACCUGAGUCAACAUUCUUAGACCUAUUUUAAACUUAUAGGCAUGUGUGCUGAACAUGAAGCACAUCUGAAUUAACUAAUGGGAUUGGAUGUUUUAAGAAAAAUGCUGUCUAAACUUUUACUGUUGUGCAGAAUCUUCACUGUGAGUGGUGCAGUUUCAUUGCUUUUUCUGCCAUUUUCUUGAAUUAAUUUUUUUUUUUUUUUUCUCUUUGGAAAACACAGUCUCCAAAGUUUUUUACUCACUGGUUGAUUGUCACAUUCUCAUGUUCUCAGAAAAAAAAAGCGCACAAUUCUGUUCCUUGGUUCUGUGUAGGCUUUUAUUUGUUAUUAGAGACAAGCUGUUCUCUCUGAGUGGCGUUGCUGCUCCAGCUGGAGCAGUGUAACCUGACAAGUGUGUACCUGGUCUUUUGCCAAAUGGAGCUGCCCCACCGUGCCAUUUUAGUCACCUCAGUGGGCCAGUCCUUGCAAAUAUUUCAGAGAAUGAUUGAUUGCUUCUGUCCAAAAGCAGAAGGGUUUUAAAGCAGACAGUAGUUGAACUGUGUAGCACUAUGGGUGUAGAUAAGGGCAUGUGCACUUCUUUGUAUUUCUCAUUUAAAAACUUUAUCCCCUGACCUAAAGUACAGUAGGUUAACUGGGUCCCUGUUGCCAUCACAGUGUGCUGGGCUGUAUAAAUCCUUUUAAGGUCACUUUGAAAGGUGAAUAAAGCACGCAAACCCCAGGCACUGGGAUGAUAAUACACCCUCAACUCCGUCUCAAGAAUGUGUUUAUGCAUUACACUCGUGAUUAAAGCAUCAUAUAAAUAGGAGCUAAUCUCUUGAUAGCUACAGCUUGUUAAUAGUUUGGAAACAUUUUGAGCACAAAAUAUGCAGCACAUGACUUGCCUGGGUAGGGGUGUUUGCAUGGUGAGGGUGAGGCUGCAUCGUCCAUUCCUUGGGAAGGUCUUCCUGUGCCGGAUAGGAUUGAGCUGACAGAGCGUAGACACUUUAUCAUAGGCUGCCUUAGUAACAAACAAAUGUUAAAUCUGUUUUAUUAUACUAACAGUUCUAAAGAACGUGUGUCUUUAAAAAAUGCUGUGUAACUGAAUAUUUAUUUCCAUGUGAGUAUUAUAAAAGUUACCAAAGGAUUAAACCUGACUUAGCACUCUGUAAAUGGCCCUGUUGAGGUGGGCUUUGUGAAGGUCCCGCUUUGUAAAACAAGACAUGGUAAACUCAAAUACAGUUCUUCUGUAGGGAUAUGAAAUGUUCUUUUCUAAUAGGGUUAUGCCAUAUUGUAACAACCUAUAUUGCACCUCAAAGCAUUUUUCUAUACACUAAAUGUCUCUCCCACCCUCUAACAGAUUAAGUUUCCUUUAUUAAUUUUGUUGAUGCACAUUUCUCAAUCUUUUAAACAUAUAUUUUAAACAUUUUAUGGUCUGUAAUUUUUGAAAGUUUUGUCUGUUGGACACUUUACGCUGAAUUUUACUUGCCUCUGUAAUCUGAGAUGGAUUCUACAGCGUUAAACUUGCUGUCUGUUAAAACUUGAGGCUUCUUUUCUGUGAGCAGAAGAGCUCAUAUAGCAGUGUAGUUAUUUCAGUAUUUAUUUCUAUUAUUGAAUCCAUGAGGUUCAGAAUGUAACUUUGUACAUGAAAUAUAUAUAAAUAUGUAUAUGAAACAUG